CAAAGAUGGUCGUGUUUUGCUGUAUUCCGUUACUGCUGCAUCAAUUCAAGAGCUCAGCAUCGAGAACAGCACAGAAGAGACAGACCUUUCAGAGAACACCCCGAAACUCAUUGGCGGUGCGCCUUUUCCUGGUGCGGAAGGCCUUCUGUUCCUCUUUUUCGUGUGCGCAGCAUC